AUGUCUGUAUCAAACACAGCAAGUGAGCAGCAUCAACAAGAACAAGAAAUGUUGAGCAACUUUGCAAUCCCUUCACCCCCAGUGUCUACACAGCAAUCUAUUGCAGCUGUUGCAGCCUUAUCUUCUACUCAUGCAUUGCCAUCCAUUGAACCACCACGGACGUUAUGGAUGGGCGAUCUUGAUCCUUGGCUUGAUGUAAGUGGAGUUCAAGAUCUUUGGUGGAAAAUUCUCCACCGGAAAGUCAAUGUUAAAUUGAUCAAACCCAAAUACUCCAAUAUCACAAUGAAUUUCAGUAGCUGCGCUUCAACCGAUACUCAACAGCACUCAGGAUAUUGUUUUAUUGAGUUUGAAACGUUUGAAGAUGCUCAACGAGCUUUGGCACUAAAUGGUCAAUUGCUUCCAGAUAUUGCCAUUCCUUCACAACAACAUUUCCCAAAUAACCCUGAUAACCAAAAGAAGUACUUUAGGUUGAAUUGGGCAAGCGGAGCCACGUUGAAUGCUCCAAUAAUACAAUCUCCUGAGUAUUCACUAUUUGUGGGAGAUUUAUCAGCUUCAACGACCGAAGCUCAUUUGUUAGCAUUUUUCCAAAAACAUUAUCCAAAAUCCAUUAAGACCGUCCGAGUUAUGACUGACCCCACAACGGGGAAGUCUCGUUGUUUUGGGUUUGUUAGAUUCACAAACGAAAAUGAAAGACAACAAGCUUUGAUUGAAAUGAAUGGCGUUUGGUUAGGGGGAAGACCCAUAAGAGUCGCAUUGGCCAGUCCCAGAUAUACCAAUAAUAAUAAUCAUGAUAAUAAUAAUAUAGGUGGUCCUUCUGAUACUGGUAUCAAAGGAGUUAAUGGUCUUGCUAUUCCUGAGCUUGUUAUUCCCAUCGGUGAGCCUUCAAAUAAUGAUACUCAGCAUCCAUUGAUAGCAGCAGGACUGCAGCAAGGCGGCCAAGUAUCCGGUCCAAACCAUGGCAUGUUUCUGGGUCAACAACGUCACCCACGUCCGCUUCCUCCGCUGUCAACUAAUGCUAUGUAUAUGCAACCGUCGACAUUUCAACCUCUAAUGUCACAUCAGCAUGGUCCACAACCGCCAGGCGAUGGCAGAUCACAAGGUGCAAUGGGUGUGAAUAUCACUAAUAGUCAGUCGUCUGCUUUCACCGACCCAACUAACACCACGGUAUUCAUUGGAGGAUUAUCCAAUGAAGCAAGCGAAGACACUUUAUAUAAAUUGUUUGAACCAUUUGGGAUCAUUCAACAGAUUAAAAUCCCACCAGGAAAGAGUUGUGGCUUUGUCAAGUACCAGACUAGAGAGGAAGCAGAAUCUGCUAUUUCUUCGAUGCAAGGAUUUGUCAUUGGAGAUAACAGAAUUAGACUUAGUUGGGGAAGAAUUAGUGUUCAUAAUCGUCGAUUCCAAAUGCAUCAGCAUAACCAACAACUACCGCCAUCAAGCGAACUAUUUCAAUUCCAUGGAAACAAUUCCAAUUCUUUUGGAACUCAUACUCAUCAUACGGCUUCCAAUAUGUUCCCGUCUGAAGAACAGUUAUCACCUUCUUCACAAGCUCGAACUUCCAAUCCACUUUUUAGUGGUACUCACUACCACCAUCACCAAUCAUCGUCAUCUUCGUCGACUGAAUACCCUUCGUCAUUGUCUUCGCUGUACCAGACAACACCGGCACCUUCACUGAAGAGCAGUUCGUCAUCGAACGAUUAUAGUGUGCGGGCACAUGGAAGUUCCAAUGCAAAGGCUUAUUCGCAUAAUACCAGACAGGCACCUAUUAGACCUCUAGAACACAGCCGAGCAAGCACAAGUACAAAUGGCGGUGAAGCAGACUUCAGUUCUAGGUUUCUUGCCAAUAACGAUCUAGGUUAA